AUGUCGACAUCAGCGGCUCGACCGACCCUCAAGCGGCCAGUCAACCCCGUGCGCCGCCCAGGCGCGUCCGUGGGCAUGCGCCGACCACCUGGAGCCGCGUCGAACGGUCCUGGUGCCAUCUCGCGCGGAGCUGGUCUCGCGCCUGGGUCAAAGGGCAAUGAUGACGGAUACCUGUACGUGGCAGGCGUGAGGGAUCCGAGUAAGCGUGUGACAGAGUACAGGACUGAGCAAGACGUGUGUCCCGUCUGCCAGACCGACAGGCAGUUCAACAAGAACCUCCGCCUCCUCGUCUCACCGUGCUACCAUAAGAUGUGUGAAUCAUGUAUCGACCGUCUCUUCACGCUCGGCCCCGAGCCGUGUCCGCAGUGUGACAAGGUGCUGCGAAAGGUCAACUUUGCCCAUCAGACCUUUGAGGACCUCAAGGUCGAAAAGGAAAUCUCUGUGCGGCGACGAAUGGCUGAAAUUUUUAACAAGCGACGAGAAGACUUUGAGUCUCUGAGAGACUAUGACGACUACCUCCAGACGGUGGAGGAGUACACGUUCAACCUUCUCAACGAUGUCGAUGUGCCAGCAACUGAGGCCGCACUGUCCUCGUAUACUACAGACAAUGCGAGCCUGAUCGCGACCAACCAGCAGAAGAAGGCGAUGGAGGCCCUCUCCCAGACCGAGCGCGACGAGGUGGAAAAGCGUGCCCGUGCCGAACGCAUCCACAUGAUCGAGGAGGCUGAGCGCGUCGACCGCGCCGAGGAGAUCCGCGUCAAGGCCGAGAUUGUCGAUGCGCUCGCGCGGCCAUCGGGAGGCCAGGAGCUAGCCAAGGAGAUUGCCGAUCGCGCAGCCAAGGCCAAGGCAGCUCGCGCAGCUGCUCUGGCUGCCACUGUCCCGCCGUCCCUUGCCGCGCUGUACAACGUCAAGGAUGUGGACGAGACCCCGCACUCGCCCAACUCGCCCUCAUACGCCGGCCCCUACGUCCCCAUCCCGUACUCGGACCCCGACGAGGCCGAGUGGAGCCACUGGUACAACCUCAAGGACAACUAUGCCGACGGGCGUGCUGGCGUGGUCUGGGCGAAAGAGGACAGGGAAGGGGCUGUGCGUGGUGGUGGCUGGGACAUUUCAUUGUUCUGGGAGAUGGAGGUGCGUAGCGCUGUGGAGGCGCUCAGCCUUGAGCCGCUCGCGUAG